AUGAGCAAGCGUGUUCUCAAACAGCUCGUGGAAAAGAAGUACGUGCGAGGAUGGGAUGAUCCCCGUCUUUACACCCUCAUCGCACUCCGACGCCGAGAAAUUCCUCCACAAGCUAUUUUGGCAGUUUUUAAUGAGCUAGGCGUCACCACUGCCCGUGUCUUUAUUCAAGCAAAGCGGUUUGAACAGACCGUUCGCAGCUACCUGGAGCACAUCGUUCCACGCCUAAUGAUGGUCUUGGAUCCGGUCGCUGUUGUGAUUGAGGAUCUCUCGGAGACCCUGGCCUUAACACUACCAUUCUCACCUAAAGAUGCUAGUUUUGAUUUUCAUACUGUCCCUAUGGUCAAGACUAUCUACAUUGCCCCAGUCGGAUUUCCGAACCGAAGACAGUACAGGAUACUCUCGGCUGGCACCUGGGAAGACUACGCAGCAGGAAGAGUUACUGAGAUACGAGCCGUGUUCGACAACACGACAAAGCCCAAAGCAUAUAUCCAGUGGGUUUCAGAAGGCGCCAAGCCUGUAGAAGCACGCGUCAAUACUUCUCUGUUCUUGUCGGAUGAUCUCAUGGCUGUUGAAGGUGGCUACGCAAAUGAUAUCAAUCCCAAGAGCGAGACGAUUUAUUCAGAUGCCCUGAUUGAGCCUGGUAUUGACAAAGUUAGAGAACGGGCACCUUGGCCGAACGGCACAGCAGAGAAGAAGGUUUACGGGGACGGUGAGGUUCCAGGCUCUCCGAGUCGGAUACUUUCUCGUCGUGAAUAG